AUGCUGCCUGCUCUAUAUGUGGCACUGGAAUCCAGUCCAAAUGUUUUCCAUAUUAGUUCAGAGUACUUCUCUGUUUCCAAAUAGCAGCGGAGCUGGUGAGAGGAGGCCUUGGCAGGGAGGGGCAGGGAGAGAGAGAGAGAGGCAGACGGCAGGCGGGCUCAGCAACCCCAAACACUGCAAGAGGAAAAGUCCAGAAAGAGUGUAAAGAAAAGAAGAUAAAAUGGGUUCCUCAGACAAGAAGGAAGGCAAGACGAAGAAGAGGAGAGAUGAAAGCCCGGCGCCAGAGGAUGGCCGUAAAUGCAGAGUGUGCCGCUUCCCCCUGCUCGUCGCCCUGCUCCAGCUGCUGUUGGCGGUGGCCGUCACAGUCGUGGCCUUCCUCAUGUUGGCCCUCAGCCCCUCGCUCCUCGCCAGGGAGACGCCACACUGGGCUGGAAUCAUUCUGUGUUUGGUUUCCAUCGUGGGCUUCAUCCUGUACUGUAUCACCUACGUCCCCGAUGAGAGGACGUCUUCUCAAUUCAUCGUCAAGCUCCUGUACUUCAUCCUGUGUACCAUCGGCCUGGUCAUUUCACUGCUGGCUCUGUCGUUCGCUGGACACCACUACACACAGACCAGCAGCUUCUGGUGCGAGCCGGCGGGAGAGGACUGCGUGUGCACGCUGGAUCGAAACGACCCGAUAGCCCGCACCUUCACCUACGCGGGAGUCAGCGACUGCGGGGUGAUCACCGGGACGCUCGCGCUGUACUUCCUGAUCCAGAUCUUGCUGAACCUGGCCCAGGCGCUGGUGUGUGCCGUCGGUGCCUUCAUCAUGUGGAAGCACCGUUACCAGGUGUUCUUCGCUGGCCUUCAGAUCGGCUCUCCCUCCUCCCGGCGGUGGCAGAAGGUUUAACGGCAGCAGCGUGAGGGACGGGGACAUUUGCCUUUGUGAUGUGUGCCAAAGUGUGUUUUCUCUGAUGUCAGUUGGUCUAUAACGGCUUUUUGCACAAAUUUUGUAUAAGUAACUUUAUACUUCCAGUUUUUAAUAUUAUAAAAAUCACUUGAACAGGUGGAGAAGAG